AUAAUCACUAAUUCAUACCCAACAUCAUCAUCAUCCAACCUAACCUUUCAACACGUGGCAUUGGAUGAACCCGACAAGCCACAAAUCCUUUCAUGGCUCUCCUCCAAGUCCAUGGCACCGCCUCUGCCGCCGCGCCGCGCCUUCGUCAUUGCCCGGUUCCAAAAGCAGUCACUGGAGAUCACAGUGGACUUGUCAACGCGCUCCAUAAUCUCAACAAGAGUCUACAAGGGGCAUGGCUUCCCCACGUUGACUUUUGUGGAACAGGGUCUUGUUUCACAGCUACCAUUCAGCUAUGAACCCUUCAAGGACUCGCUCAACAAGAGGGCUCUCAACAUGUCUCAGGUUGUGUGUGCUGCCUUCACUGUUGGUUGGUUUGGAGCGGAAAAGACCAAAAGGGUCGUCAAAGUUAAGUGUUAUUACACAAAUGGAACCGCCAAUCUUUAUGCUAGGCCUUUGGAAGGUGUGGCCAUGGUGGCUGAUCUUGAUGAAAUGAGAAUCCUUUCUUUCUCUGACAGGUUUGGGAUUCCGGUGCCUAAAGCCGAAGGCACUGAGUACCGAUUGUCGAAGCUGAAGCCACCCUUUGGUCCUAAGCUUAAUGGGGUAAAUGUCACGCAACCACAUGGACCUGGAUUCACCAUUGAUGGUCACUCUGUAAGUUGGGGCAACUGGAAAUUCCAUUUGGGGUUCGACUUUCAGGUUGGGGCAAUAAUUUCAUUGGCCUCAAUCUAUGAUAUUGAAAAGCAGAGGUAUCGUGAGGUGCUAUACAGAGGAUUCAUAUCAGAGGUGUUUGUGCCAUAUCAGGACCCCACCGAGGAAUGGUACUACACAACUUACUUUGACUGUGGCGAAUACGGCUUUGGACAAUCUGCAUCUUCACUUGAGCCUCUCACAGAUUGCCCUCCCAAUGCUCACUUCUUAGAUGCAUUCUAUGCCGAUGCCAAUGGCAAUCCAGUUAAGAUAACUAAUGCUUUCUGCAUCUUCGAGAAGCACGCCGGUGAUAUCAUGUGGCGUCACACAGAAAUCGCAAUCCCAAAUCAACUGAUAACCGAGGUUAGGGCAGAUGUAAGCCUAGUGGUGAGAAUGGUUUCAACUGUGGGCAACUACGACUAUGUCAUUGACUGGGAGUUUAAGCCAAGUGGUAGCAUCAAAUUCGGGGUUGGGCUUACUGGAAUAUUAGGGAUGAAGGGAGGGACAUACAUCAACACGGAUCAAAUUAAAGGGGAGACAGACAUCCACGGCACAUUGCUAGCAGAUAACACAAUUGGUGUGUACCAUGACCACUUCUUUACCUACUACCUUGAUCUUGACAUUGAUGGUCAACGCAACUCAUUUGUGAAAACCACCUUGCAGACUCAGAAAGUCAAAGAUCCCAAGAUCCCUAGAAAAAGUUACUGGACAACUGUGAGUGAGACUGCUAAAACGGAAGCUGAUGGGAGAGUGAAGCUGGGGUUGGAAGCUGCUGAGCUGGCAGUGGUGAAUCCUAACAAGAAAACAAAACGGGGAAACAAGACUGGCUACCGGUUGUUACCGGGGUCAGUUGCACAUCCUCUUCUGGUAAGUGAUGAUUACCCUCAAAUUCGAGGGGCAUUCAGCAAUUAUAAUGUUUGGGUCACACCUUACAACAAAUCUGAAAAAUGGGCCGCUGGAUUAUUCGUGGAUCGUAGUAGAGGGGAUGAUACCUUGGCCGUUAAGAGCAGGAAGAAUAGGGAGAUAGAGAAUGAAGAUAUAGUGUUGUGGUACACGAUGGGGCUUCACCAUGUUCCUUCACAGGAAGAUUAUCCGGUUAUGCCAACGCUUAGUGUUGGAUUUGAACUUAGGCCAACCAAUUUCUUUGAAGCCAACCCUGUCCUUAAAGCAAUAGUUAAUUAGUUCCCUUAUCUUUGCACUUCAUUGAAAUUUGAAACCAUUCACCACUCUUGUAAUUUCUUCAAUUUACACGACUAUAAUAAAUUAAUAAUGUAAUGUUAUUAAGUCAA